GCUAUGUGUCAUUUUCAUGUGCAGGUGCAUCCCAUCCCGCAUGUUCUAAGGAUAGGUUUUUGUUUAAUUAUAAAUUUGUUGUUUAUUGUUUGAUAAUUUAUUAAUAAUAAUUAUGGAGUUAAGAACAAAAAAUACCUCUGUCGAGUUCAAAGAGCUUCAUUCAAAGCUGACAGAACUUGGACUCUAUGAGAAAGGAAUGGAUCUGGAUCAAAUGCGCCAAGUGAUGGGGGCAGUUGAUGAGUCAAUUAUUGAGACAUCAUUCAAUGCCCAAGACUUGGAAUUUGCUUUAAGGGAAAGUGAACGUGACUUUAAUUCCGCAAACAUCUGUAACUCUACUAUGAUUGGUUUAUCAGAAAACACCAACGUUCUGGAGAGUUCAGCAUUUGGACAUUGUCAAAAUAAUUUUGGAUCCUUAUUCUCUACAACCUUUAGCAGUCCCGAAUCUGAUUGUGUUGAAAGAAUUACCGUCGUUGCUGAAGUUCAUCAUGAAUUAAAUUGGUCUCCCAAAAGAUCAUCACCAACAAGUGGUGGAGAAACAUUGAAGCGUUUAGCAAGGAAACGUAAUGCUGAUGCAAUGUCUCAGGAAGAUUCUGGUAUUAUACUGUCAUCAAGUAGUUUAUUUGAAACAACCAAUCUUUCAGUUUAUAAUUAAGCAUACCUAAGUGUCCAUAUUUGUUUUCUUUGAUAUUUACUUAAAUUUUGUUAUAAUUAUUAUGUAUUUAUUGUUAUUAUAGUAUCCUUGUAUUGUUUUUGUGUACCUAUUCAAUACUUUAAAUGUAUGCUUUUUGAUUUAAAGCUUGUU